AUGGCACAUAGGUUCCUCUCCUCUACGAACAGAUUCAGCGCCAGAUUCGCCUUCAUAGUCACUGUGUCACUGUCCUGCACCUAUUUAUUCUAUAGUAUUAUUUUCUGCCGCGGCACAAUCAUGGCAAAUCAGGGUUACGAGGGGAAAAGAUGCCCGCCGAGCAAGAACGCAGGAGGGAAGAAACUUCUUGAGAGAUUGGACAAUUGCGCUUCGUUGGGAGUCAGGUCCGCUCUGGAUGCUUCCGCUGCCAAGCGAGGAUUGAGUGAUACCCGUGAGCAAAGUAAAGCUCCUGACUCCUCUGGGAGUCACUGGGCUGACAUGAAGUUGGAGAACAUGAGUGUGGCGCAGAAAUAUGGGAAUAAGAAGCUGCCUAAUGCGUUGAUAGUCGGGGUGAAGAAAGGAGGCACACGGGCGGUGCUGGAGUUCAUCCGGAUACAUCCAGAUGUGCGCGCGCUUGGAACAGAACCACACUUUUUCGACAGGAACUAUGACAGAGGACUGGACUGGUACAGGGGACUGAUGCCACGAACACUCGACAGCCAGAUCACAUUAGAGAAGACCCCCAGCUACUUUGUCACCAGAGAGGCGCCCAGACGCAUUGCCAGCAUGUCUCAUGGGACCAAGCUGAUAGUUGUGGUGCGUAACCCUGUCACAAGAGCAAUCUCCGACUACACACAGACUCUCUCCAAAAAGCCUGACAUUCCUACAUUUGAAGAGCUGGCCUUUAAGAACAGAAGUCAGGGUCUCGUCGAUUCUUCAUGGAACGCCAUUCGGAUCGGGAUGUACAUUCUGCACCUGGAAAACUGGCUACAGUACUUCCGCCCAUCACAGAUGCACUUUGUGAGUGAGCGGCUGAUCACUGACCCGGCAGGAGAAAUGGGACGAGUUCAGGACUUCUUAGGACUGAAACGAAUAAUCACGGAUAAGCACUUCUACUUUAAUCGAACCAAAGGCUUCCCCUGUUUGAAGAAGCCAGAGAGCAGCAGCCAGCCGCGCUGCCUCGGCAAAUCUAAAGGUAGAACUCACGUACAGAUCGAGCAGGAGGUCAUAGAGCAGCUGCAGGUUUACAGGCCAUUUAACAUCAAGUUCUAUGAAACUGUGGGACAUGACUUCAAGUGGGAUUAAGAGGGCCAUGCACAAACAGAAACAUCAUGCCUUUGGACACGUGAAAUAUAAAUGAGGGUAUCAUCAGCAAAAUGUUAAAUGAAAAAAGUUGAAGUAAAAGUUUAUGGAGAAAAAUGUAUACCUUGACCAAAUCAAUAUAGAAAUAUAUA